AUGGCCAAGGAAACGCCCAAGACUGGUCUGGCCGUCGGCCUGAACCAUGGCCACAAGACCACUGCUCGUGUCGCCAAGCCCCGUGUCUCCCGGACCAAGGGCCAUCUGAGCAAGCGAACUGCUUUCGUCCGCGAGGUCGUCAAGGAGGUUGCUGGCCUCGCCCCCUAUGAGCGCCGUGUUAUCGAGCUGCUCCGCAACAGCAAGGACAAGCGUGCCCGUAAGCUGGCCAAGAAGAGGCUCGGAACUUUCGGCCGUGCCAAGAAGAAGGUCGACGAGCUCCAGCGCGUCAUCGCCGAGUCCCGCCGCACCGCUCACUAA